AUGAAGGCGAAGGGCAAGAGGGCGUCGGUGCCGAAGGGGCCGGGAGCGCGGGCGUCGAAGCCACUCGGGCGUGUUCACGUGGACCUGUGUGGACCGUUGGCGCCUUCCCUGGGCGGCAACCUCUACCUGUUCGUCGCGCUCGACAGCGCCUCUCGGUGGAACAAGGUCUACGGUCUCCGGCGGAAGUCCGACGCGCUGGCGGCUACGAAACGGCUGCUGGCGGACGUGGGGCGGUACGACCUCGGUCGCAUCGAGUGCUUCCGGAUCGACAACGGCACCGAGUGGACCCGGGGCGAGUUUCGGCGUUUCUGCGACGAGAACGGCAUCGGCGUCGAGUUCACCCCGCCUGGCGUCCCGCAGUACAACGGCGUCGUCGAGAGCGCCAUCUGGCGCAUCAUGAAAGCCGGCAUGGCCGCUCGCCGCAGCGCUGCCCGUGUGCUCAACGUCGACUACGCCUCCAUCACCGACCUCGACCCGCGCGGUGACCGUUUUUGGUUGGAAUCUGCGAAGUGGGCCGCCGACGCUCUCAACCAGUCGGCGACCAAGACUAACCCCGGGCGUCGUUCUCCGCACGAGCCAUUCACCGGUCAGCAGGGGCCGUUCCGCGUGCUGCCGUUCUUCCAGCCCAGCUACAUGCGUGAGGAUCGCCGCACCAAGCUCGACGACCAGGCCACCCUGUGCUAUUACCUGAACGGCGGCGACAACCACCCGAGCGGCACCGUCAAGGUCCUCAAGGCGUCCACCGGCCGCGUCGUCUACACCAACAACGUGUCGUGGGUGACGUCGGCGCCAGCCGGCGAGGGGGGUUCCGCUGGUAUCCCCGCUGCGCCGACGCCUCCCCCGUUCACGCCGGUCGUCUCGAUCAACUUCGGCCCAGCCCCGACGCCUUCGACCGCCGCACAGCCGCCGCCAGCGCCCACGCCCACGCCGUCGCCCGCACCCGCUCCUGGCCAGCCGCCCUCUGUCGCUUCGCCGUCAUCGUCGGCGACCCCCGCUCCUGGCCAGACUCCCUCUGCCGCUUCGCCGUCAUCGUCGGCGACCCCCGCUCCUAGCCAGACCNUCCACCGGCCGCGUCGUCUACACCAACAACGUGUCGUGGUUGACGUCGGCGCCAGCUGGCGAGGGGGGUUCCGCUGGUAUCCCCGCUGCGCCGACGCCUCCCCCAUUCACGCCGGUCGUCUCGAUCAACUUCGGCCCAGCCCCGACGCCUUCGACCGCCGCACAGCCGCCGCCAGCGCCCACGCCCACGCCGUCGCCCGCACCCGCUCCUGGCCAGCCGCCCUCUGUCGCUUCGCCGUCAUCGUCGGCGACCCCCGCUCCUGGCCAGACUCCUUCUGCCGCAUCGCCGUCACCGUCGGCGACCCCAUCUCCAGUUCAGCUACCGCCGUUGCCGCCGCCGCCGCCGCCGCCGGGCCCCGCGUUGCCCCCGCUCUCGGCUCACGCCAUGCGGCAGCUUCGCCCGGGCAAGAAGGCCGAGGCACAGGGCUCAUCUCGAUGCUGGACAAGAACACUCUGGUAUCGAUGCUGGAGGCCCAGAGCGCGGUGGAGGAGGAGCGCAGGGAGCCGGGGGGAGCGGGGACCGGAGAGCCGGGGGGAGCUGAGACCGGAGAGCAGGGGGGAGCGCUCGCAGCCGUGGACCUGGGGGCUGGAGGAGCGGGCUUACCACUUGCAUGUGCCACGCUCCUCGCCAACCGGGAAGACAUCGAUGCCAUGCUGCGCGACCAGCGCCCGCCGGAGCAACGCCCUGAUCUUCCGCACUGCCAGGCGAGCGACCUUCGCAUCCCCAAGAGCUACAACGGGGCUAUGGCGUCGGAGUACCGGCACCUCUGGGACGACUCGAUGAAAAGGGAGUAUUUUGGGUUGNUAUUUUGGAACGCGAUAAACGCGAAGUGGGUAUUCAAUUGGAAGGCAGAUGAGUUUGGAUGGGCCACUAAGGUCAAGGCGAGACUUGUAGCGAGAGGUGAUAUGCAGAGAGAGUACAUUGACUUUGGAGAGUUGUACGGGCCGACCGUUUCUGUUUCGUGUGUCAGGAUGUUGGCAGAGUUGGCGUGCGAGUCGAACCUCGCCUUGUGUCAUUUCGAUAUUGAGCAAGCUUUUGUGCGUUCGGAGUUGGAAGAAGACGUAUACAUGCGAUUGCCGCAGGGAUGUGGAGCUCUAUCUGGAACGAUUGUAAAACUAGGCAAGAGUCUGUAUGGCUUGAGACAGGCAUCUAGGCAGUGGCUGACGAUUUCUCAGCAGACUUUCACGGAUGAGCUAGCAGCAGAGUAUGGAAUAGCAGGGGGUGCACUGGGAUGCAGCGAUGGGUAUAUUAGGGUAGAUGCGAAGGGGACGAGUUACAUGGGUGUUUCAUUUCAGAGAGGUACGGUAGAAGGAUUCAGCUUGCAGGGGUACGCUAAUGCGGACUUUGCGAGCAAGGCAGCAGACCGUAGGUCGGUAUCAGGGGGGAUAGUAACAUGCGGAGGAGGCGCUGUGUCUUGGUUUUCCAGAAAGCAGAAGUGCGUUACGCUUUCGUCAACAAAAGCAGCGUAUGUCGCGCUUGGCGAUGGANGCGUCUCCGAAGCAGGUGCACUGGGAUGCAGCGAUGGGUAUAUUAGGGUAGAUGCGAAGGGGACGAGUUACAUGGGUGUUUCAUUUCAGAGAGGUACGGUAGAAGGAUUCAGCUUGCAGGGGUACGCUAAUGCGGACUUUGCGAGCAAGGCAGCAGACCGUAGGUCGGUAUCAGGGGGGAUAGUAACAUGCGGAGGAGGCGCUGUGUCUUGGUUUUCCAGAAAGCAGAAGUGCGUUACGCUUUCGUCAACAAAAGCAGCGGGGCGAUUCAACUAG